GUUCAAUGCCCGAUGCUCUAUUCGCCAUGGACAUCCCGUCGUAUAUAUCCCUGCCGACUGGAGCGAUACCCAUUCGGCCACCUGAAGCAGGUCCAUCCAAUCACCGUAACAGCCAACAUGUUGUCCGUCCCGAAGGUGCUCGUCGCCAUCCCUCGUUCCCUCCAUCCUCUUCUACGGUCCCACCACCUGCACCUAGAAAGUUUGGGAUUCCAUCCACGUCUUCUAUCACAUCCAAUGUCUCGGACAUGCUAUUGAGCUCGUUACUUCCUCCCAACUUACCGAAACUGCCCGGAGGAGGAGGAGGAGGAGGAGGAGGGAAACAGGGUCCAGGUGUCCCCAGAGAACUGAGCACGAGGAAGGAAGCACUGAGCUUGCCGUUGAUAUCGAACAACUUUCGACGGUUUGUCACCAAGGUAGGACCCGUUUUCUGGCUGCAGGACCGUAUAGAGGAGGUCUUGUUCUGGCGUAAACCUCGUUGGACAUGGGCCUGGAUUAUGGCCUGGACCUUUAUUUCGUUCAAGCCACGUCUACUCCUACUCGUACCGUCCCUCCUGCUCAUCCUCAUCCUCCUGCACAUUCACGAGAGACAGCACCCUUUGCCCAGUCUCCUAGGCGUGCCAUUACCGCCAGAUGGUGAAAUCGGCACCACACGACUCCCCACGUCAGCGCCUUCAAACCAAGCUGCAUCUGUAGCUGUCAACUCCCUAACCAAAGUCAACGCUGGUGCGACUGGAUACAGCGCAACCAAUGCAAGCACGGAGAGUGAGCCGUUGCCUGCUGUACCACCUAAAGAGGCGGAGAGCGGGGUGGACUAUUACAUGAACGUCCAGGCUAUUCAGAAUCUCAUGGGGCAAAUCUCCGAUAUCUACGAUUGGACGUUUCCAUAUGUCUCGCGUUUCUCUCACCCGCAAUCUACAUCCACUCAGACCUCUUUCCCCCUCACUACGACACAUCUGCUCAUCGCCCUCUUGAUACCCUCUCUCGGACUCCCACUCUUGCCUCCGUACAUGAUCCCGUACCUCUUGCUCCCACUAGGUCUCGCUCCACCUCUCUUCUUCCACCCAAACUUGACUUUUUUCUUCUUAUCACUACCACGGCAUCCCCUCAUCCUUCGAGCUAAAGCAUACCUCGAGGAUGUGGUAUUGACCGACGCACUGGAUGAUGAGAUCGGUCGCAUGCCAAUCUCACGCGUCGAAGUGUGGGAGAAUGAGCGUCUAGAUCCGGUCAUGGUGGCGAAACCACCUGCUUCGGGUAUCGUCCCGUCUACAUCGUGGUCCAGUCGUCAUUUACGAGCGGGUGAGAGAGCCCCCUGGGUCAAGGUCAAAUCGGAGGAUAGUGUCUGGUUAGAUCAGGAGCCAAAAUUGGCUUCACAGGUCUCCACCGACUCCGACGCGAGCUCCUCGGGGGGCGAAGGACAAGAAAAGGAGGAGCAGAUGGUAUUGGCUUUGAAGCCGGGAUGGAUCUUCAUCCCAGGCGAAGAGUGGAAGGUCGAUGUCUGUGGUCUAUGGAGUGAAGUAGGAUCCGAUGAGAAUGGGUGGAUGUACUCGGACGAUUCGUGGCAGAACCCAGCCUGCAGAUCCUUGACCGAGGGCGACACUGCACCUUCUGACAAAUCCUCAAUGCCCGGUUUAGCGCUUCGGCGAGUCACUCGAAGACGAAGAUGGUGGCGAAGGGUCUACCUCGAUGUGCCCGAAGCGAGCCCCCGUGACCCAUAAUUCAUUCAGUGUAGCAUCUCUCUACGGUCACAAUAAUAAUAUUCCGCCACACGGGUCACUCGGUCGGCCGCCCAGUACCUCGGCAUCGGUUUCAGAAUAGCUCUCGCUGGGCAUGCAUGAAACGUUCUUGAUCUUGGCUUAAUUGUGCUGCCAUCACAGGUCGGUCAUCAGUCAUGUGAUGGAAGUGUUUCUGUCCACUGUCCGUCCACUUCCAUCAUCACAAAGCAGCU